GCCACUUGCACAACAGGUGGUGAGUGCCUGAGUGGUGACUCCCAUUGGGCCCAAGCCGGACAGGAAGCAAACAGUACACGCACACAACGGCUCGGGGGACACGUGUCCGGCCCAAAUAAUUGUAGAUACGAGCGCACACAGCCACAAACUUCAAAACGUACUAAAAGCGAAAAAACCUAACCGCCACACAGCAAAAGCAGAGGAGGAAGGAAGAAAAAAAAAGGCGCGCGCCGCGUCUGUAAUCUCUGAUUCUCGAGUCUGAAUCCGUACUCCGGCUUCUUCUUCCGUCUUCGAUUCGAUGAAUAAUCCCGUCAAUUCUGGCGUUCCCGGUCCUCCUUCGGUUCCGCCGUCAUCCUCCGCGGCGACGGCGGCGGCGCCAAUCACCAGCACGUCCGCCAGCACUCUGUCCUUCGGUGACGAUCCUAGCAAGAAGAUUAGGAAGCCGUACACGAUUACCAAGUCGAGGGAGAGCUGGACCGAACAGGAGCACGACAAGUUUCUAGAAGCUCUGCAGCUAUUUGAUCGCGAUUGGAAGAGAAUUGAGGCCUUUGUUGGGUCGAAGACAGUGAUUCAGAUACGUAGCCAUGCGCAGAAGUACUUUCUGAAGGUUCAGAAGAGUGGCACAAGCGAGCAUGUACCUCCACCGCGACCGAAAAGAAAGGCAUCUCAUCCUUACCCGCAGAAGGCUCCUAAAAUUGCAGCUCCUGUUGUUCCCCAACUCGCUGGUCUUUUCCCCGCUUCCAUUGAAAAUGGAUACAUUUACAGGCCAGACUCGUCUUCGGUUCUUGGAAGUCCCAUGUCUGGUGGAGCUUUAUCUUCUUGGAACUAUUACUCUAUGCCACAAGUAGCUCAAGGUAUCAUUUACGAAGACGAUACAGGGGUAGUUGGAACAGCGACUGCAAGUACCUGUUGCUAUAGUAGUAACAAUGAAAGUACGCCAAGGACAUGGCCACCUCGCCAAAUAGUGCACAGAGAAGAUCAGAAUAAGGCAGUUAGAGUGAUGCCGGACUUUGCUCAAGUGUACAGCUUUAUUGGGAGUGUUUUUGAUCCUAGUGUGGGUGGCCACGUUGAGAAAUUGAAGCAGAUGGAUCCUAUAAAUCUCGAAACUGUGAUGUUGUUAAUGAAGAACCUGUCCUUCAACUUGGCAAGUCCUGAUUUUGAGGAUCAUCAGAGAGAAGUACUGGCAUCGCACGAUCCAGCUACAGAAAGAGGAAGCCCUUAUGGUAAUACAACGCCUGAUACACCGGGGAGUGCAAUUCCGGCAGUCUGAAAUGAGAAGUAAAUGAAGGUCUGCCACAAACCUUUGGUUGUCUGGGGAUGGGGACUGAACUGUUACUAGAGAAUGACUCAGUUCCCCCUGUGGAUCUGUUGCCCCAGCUCGUGAUGCCACCGGACCGAAGUGAAAUGGACGUGAACAUUGUGUGGAGGACCGACCGAUCAUAUGGCUCGCCGUUGGUGGUUUCCGAAGAUCUUUUAUGUUUGGUAAAUAUGCAACUCCUGCAAUCUCGUUUGUACAUAGUUACAGCUCUGCUCUUCUUGGGUAGUACCUGGCAAACUUGCCGGGAUACUUUUACUUGCAUCGACAGAGGCUUCCUUCCAUGUUUUGGUGUAGGGUUUUUGACCUGUUGAGAUUCGUGUGCCGAGUAAAUUGCUGUUGCUGUGUAAUAUUUUUGUUUUGAGCCCAGAAGUGUCUCCUGCAGGAGGUUGCGCCUAGUGCGCCUUCAAGUUAGUGUGCUUGCCGGUGCCUGCAUAAACCAAUGGUUUGGGGCUUACUUUGCUCGUUAGUUUCCCAAAUAUUAGAGAGAAGUACAACCCCUUAGUUAUUCAUGUUUGUUGUCCGAUGAUAAUUCUUCCCUCCAUCCGAUUUACGCCGGCAUAACAUUAAGUGACUCGUAUCUUCCCAUUGUCGUGUGCUUCGACAAGUGUUUGCGAGUGCAAAUUUCUAAGGUGCAGGACGUAAUACAUUUUCGGCGUCCGUGCUGCCUCUGGACAGUAGCAAUCUCUGUCGGUACGCCCUAUGCGCUUCAAUGGUAAAUAGGGCCGGCUAUUUAGUCCAAGACCGGAUGUAAAACCGGAAACCGGACCGUAUAAUACGGACUGUUUAUGAUUGGAAUCGAAUGUAAAAUAAUUCAAUCUUGUCUUUGGUCCC